AGGGCUGGCGGGUCAUGUGACUGGGAUGUCAGGCACUGUGAAUGCGCCAGUGUCUCCCGCAGCUUCCUCCAGUGCACCGAGGCCGUGUUGUGGAGGGUAUGCGCCGUGAUCACGGAAACACCGGGUGAAGCCAGCUCUUUGUUCUGCUCGGAAGAAGGGAUACCCUCUCCAGUAUUCAUCACCGUCAUAGUUACGGAGCUAAACUAAAAUGGUCGAUUUCCUAGCGGAGAAUAAUCACUGCGGCCAGGCGGUUCUGCGGAUUGUUUCCCGGGGCAAUGCCAUCAUUGCAGAACUGUUGAGGCUUUCAGAAUUUGUACCUGGUGUCUUCAGACUAAAAGACAAAGCAGAUCAGCAGAAAUAUGGAGAAAUUAUAUUUGAUUUCAGUUACUUCAAGGGGCCGGAGAACUGCGAGGGGCGCUUGGAGGCCAAACCUGAACUCCAGGAUCUGGAUGAGGAAUUCCGAGAAAACAACGUUGAGAUAUUAACAAGAUUUUAUCUGGCUUUCGAAAGCGUCCAUAAAUAUAUUGUAGAUCUAAACAGGUAUCUUGAAGACCUUAAUGAAGGAAUUUAUAUCCAGCAAACCCUGGAAACUGUUCUCCUUAAUGAGGACGGGAAGCAGCUUUUGUGCGAAGCCUUGUAUCUGUACGGCGUGAUGCUCUUGGUGAUUGAUCAGAAGAUCGAAGGAGAGGUGCGAGAGAGAAUGCUGGUCUCAUACUACCGAUACAGUGGGGCGAGAUCCUCUGCAGACUCCAAUAUGGAUGACAUCUGCAAGCUGUUGCGCAGCACAGGUUAUUCAAGCCAACCUGGGUCUAAAAGGCCUCCCAACUACCCCGAGAGCUACUUCAGCCGGGUACCCAUCAGCGAAACCUUCAUCAGCAUGGUGAUUGGCAGGCUGAGGUCAGAUGACAUCUACAAUCAGGUGUCUGCCUAUCCCUUGCCAGAGCACCGAAGCACCGCUCUCGCCACGCAAGCAGCCAUCCUAUACGUGAUCCUUUACUUCCAGCCGGCAACACUCCACACACAUCAAGCCAAGAUGAGGGAGAUCGUGGAUAAAUAUUUCCCAGAUAACUGGGUUAUUAGUAUUUACAUGGGCAUCACAGUCAAUCUGAUGGAGGCUUGGGAACCAUACAAAGCUGCAAAAACUGCCCUAAAUUAUACACUGGAUCUACCUAACAUCAAGGAACAGGCAGGCAGAUAUGCGCAAAUCAUUGAACGCCUGCAUCCCCAAGUCCAGCAGUUCCUUAAGGAGGGCUUUCUGCGGGAGGAAUUUGUUCUGGACAACAUUCCCAAACUGUUAAACUGCCUCCGCGACUGCAACGUCGCCAUCCGGUGGCUCAUGCUGCACACUGCGGAUUCAGUCUAUGAUCUUAAUAAUAAACGCCUUCGACAAGUGAAAGACCAGGUCCUGACCGAUUCCAAGUAUAACGUCAAAAUCCUGUUCCAAUUGCUGCUGGACACGGCCCAGUUUGAGUUCAUUCUGAAGGAGAUGUUUAAACAAAUGCUGUCGGAAAAGCAAAGCAAGUGGGAGAGCUACAAGAAAGAAGGGUCUGAGCGAAUGACCGAACUUGCGGAUGUCUUCUCUGGAGUGAAACCUCUCACCAGGGUGGAAAAGAAUGAAAAUUUGCAAGCCUGGUUCAGGGAGAUUUCCAAACAAAUACUUUCCUUAAACUAUGACGACUCAACCGCUGCAGGAAGAAAAACAGUCCAGCUCAUUCAGGCUCUUGAAGAGGUCCAGGAGUUCCACCAGCUGGAGUCUAAUCUUCAGGUGUGUCAAUUCCUGGCGGACACUCGCAGGUUCCUUCAUCAGAUGAUCCGGACGAUCAACAUCAAAGAGGAGGUCCUGAUCACCAUGCAGAUCGUGGGUGACCUCUCUUACGCCUGGCAGCUGAUUGACAGCUUCACAUCCAUAAUGCAGGAGAGCAUUCGGGCCAACCCGUCCAUGGUCACCAAGCUGAGAGCUACAUUCCUGAAGUUGGCAUCUGCCCUCGACUUGCCUUUACUCCGGAUAAACCAGGCAAACAGUCCGGACCUACUCAGCGUAUCCCAGUAUUACUCCGGAGAACUGGUUUCCUAUGUCAGAAAGGUUUUGCAGAUCAUCCCAGAAAGCAUGUUCACCUCUCUAGCCAAGAUCAUUAAGCUGCAAACUCAUGACAUUAUCGAAGUGCCAACACGUCUGGACAAAGAUAAACUGAGAGAGUACGCCCAGCUCGGGGCGCGAUACGAGGUUGCCAGACUGACCAACGCCAUCUCCAUUUUUACCGAAGGUAUUUUGAUGAUGAAAACCACCCUGGUUGGUAUAAUCAAGGUGGACCCAAAACAGCUUCUAGAAGACGGUAUAAGGAAGGAGCUUGUUAAAAGGGUUGCCUUAGCACUACACAGGGGCCUGAUAUUUAACCCCAAAGCCAAGCCGAGCGAACUGCUCCCGAAGCUGAAGGAAAUGGCGGCCACCAUGGACGGCUUCCAUCGUUCGUUCGAGUACAUCCAGGACUACGUCAGCAUUUACGGCUUGAAGAUCUGGCAGGAGGAGGUUUCUCGCAUCAUCAACUACAAUGUGGAGCAGGAAUGCAACAACUUCCUGAGGACAAAGAUCCAAGAUUGGCAAAGCAUGUAUCAGACAACUCACAUCCCCAUCCCCAAAUUCCCUCCCGUGGAUGAAUCCGUGACGUUUAUCGGACGGCUGUGUCGAGAAAUACUAAGAAUUACUGAUCCCAAGGUGACCUGUUACAUAGACCAGAUGAACACCUGGUACGACAUGAAGACUCACCAAGAAGUCACCAACAACCACCUCUUCUCCGAGAUCCAGGACUCGCUGGGGACUUUUGGGCUGAACGGCUUGGACAGACUGCUCUGCUUUAUGAUUGUCAAAGAAUUACAGAGCUUUCUCAGACUGUAUCAGAGGCUGAUCCUGAAGGACAAAACAGCCCAGGAAUCACUAAGAGCCUUACAGAAAGUGGCCACCCCGCUGAAAGGCAUCGUGGCAAAUUCUGCCAAAAUUUACUCAUCUGCAGUUGCAAAAACCCAGAAAAUCUGGCCUGUGUAUCUCGAGACCAUUAUGAAGGUGGGUCAGAUGCAGAUAUUGAGGCGUCAGAUUGCCAACGAGUUAAACUACUCCUGUAAAUUCGACUCCAAACACCUGGCGGCCGCGCUGGAGAACUUCAAUGAAGCCAUUUUGGCUGAUAUUCAAGCCCAUUACCAGGACCCGUCUCUGCCCUGUCCGAAAGAAGACAACACCCUCCUGUAUGAAAUCACGGCGUACCUGGAAGCUGCCGGCACCCACAACCCUCUGAACAAAAUCUACAUCACCACCAAGCAAUUGGCCUUUUUCCCAAUCACCAAUUUCCUGUUUCUAAUCGCUCAGCUGCAGAAGCUGCAGUACAACAAGAAGCUAGGGAUGACGUGCAGGAAACCGGCAGAUGCCGUCGAUUGGCCUCCGUUAGUCUUGGGCAUCCUCACCCUACUCAAGCAGUUCCAUUCCCGUUACACAGAGCAGUUUCUGGCCCUCAUCGGGCAGUUCAUCCGCUCUACCAUGGAGCAAAGUACAAGCCAGAAGAUCCCUGAAAUGCCAGCCGAUGUCGUAGGAGCUCUUAUGUUCCUCGAGGAUUAUAUACAUUUUGCGAAGUUGCCCCGAAGGGUUGUGGAAGCUCACGUGCCCAGUUUCAUUUUUGAUGAAUUCAGGACAGUGCUGUGAUUUAUCGCUGGAUGGCUGCAGCGCCCCCAGUGGCUGUGUCUGGUAUUGGUGUAUAAUAAUGCUGAUGCCCUUCCCUGAUCUCGGGAAGCAUACUUUAGAAUGCACUUCGUGUUUUGUAGUUUAAAUAAAACAAUGAAGGACUUUAUGAAUCCAUUUUCAGGUUUCGCGUAACUAUAUGAUGCACUUUUCUAUAAUAAAUGUAUACAAAUUGA